AUGGUUCGUAUCGCCGGAGUUGACGUUCCAGACCGCAAGCGCGCCCACAUCGCGCUGCGCAGCAUCUACGGAAUCGGCCCGACCAAAGCCAUCGAGAUAGUCGGCAAGGCUAAUCUCGAUAUGGAAAUGCCGCCCCGUAUGAGCGAUUUGGAUGAGGAUCAACUCGACCGCAUCCGCGUCAUUGUUGACCAGGAUUACAUCACGGAAGGUGACCUGCGCCGGGAACACAACGAGAAUAUACGGCGGCUCAUCGACAUCGGCAGCUACCGUGGCCUGCGCCACCGUCGCAACCUGCCGGUACACGGGCAGCGGACGCGCACCAACGCCCGGUCUCGCAAGGGCGCACGCCGCACCGUGGCCGGUCGCGGACGUCGCACUGCCGGCAAGAAGUAG